ACAUUGAGAAAUUGUCAAGUUCUCGGAAAUCAAAUAUUUGACCAGUCUUCCGACAAUACCUGUUUCUUUAAUUUCCCACACCUGCGGAAUAUUUACUGCACAGUACACCACAGCUAAUCUGAUCAACAGUCUUCAAAAUGAUCAGCACCAGAGAUGCCAAGCUCAAAGCACCAGAAACGAGUUUGUGAAUUCUCGUUCCCACUGAGUCUGCAUCGUUAGCUCCCUGAUCAACACCACACCAUAACAAUGAAAGAAAGCACAAGCCAUCCAGCUUUGCGAAGCAUGCUACAGCGAGAGCAAGACUAUUAGGAGGAAUACGGUAUCUGUGGAGAUGCAGCCUGCCAUUGGCUGGUUUUAACAGACAGGGGUAGUUGUGUGUCUAUAUAAAGGCGCUGCAGGUGCUGGAGUGUCAGUCUGUCAAGCAGUUCUCACAGCCCAGGAGUGCGUGGACACCUGAUCCCAACGGCCUGAACCCUAAAGCUAGCAAGCUGCUCUACAGAAAUCCGCUACAUCGCUACGAACAAAACUCAAAUCAUGUGGAUGCUGGAGAAGAUCCGGGGGUCUGUGGAGGAGAACAUUCUCCGGCAGGGCGACUCUGGAGACAAGCAGGGCAAGGCUCCCGCGUACAGCAACGUCCUGACCCCGGACAAGAUCCCUGACUUCUUCAUCCCUCCCAAGCUGACCUGCAUCCCAACUGAGCCAGAGGUCCCGGACGUCAAGCCCAAAUCCAACCUGAAGCCCUCCAGCUCCGAGCAGAACGUGAGCACCAAGAAGCCCCUGAGCAGCCCGCGGCUCAUGAGCAAGCUGGCCGGUGACACCAAGAACCUUCUGAGAGCCGCCAACAGACACAUCAUCCAGAUCGAGAGCGCGGACGAGCUGGUGGACAGCGACUCAGGGGACCCCAACACCAACGCAGACCCCCAGUCCCAGACAGCCAUGUCCCUCCCUUACAUCCCCAAGACCCAGACCUCCUACGGCUUUGCCACCCUCGUGGAGAGCCCCCACACCCGAAGGAAGGAGUCCCUCUUCCACAGUGACCACACCAGCCCAGUGCAGUCCCCCAGCUCAACUCGGAAGAAAUCCACCGCCAAGGUGAACGGCGAGAGCAACCACCUCAACCCCCCCGACUUUAACAUCUCCCUGGUCAACCCGUACCGCUACUUCAGCGGCGGGGAGAGCGACACCUGCUCCUCCGCGGAGUCGUCCCCCUUCAACUCCCCUCUCCUCUCCCGCUCCGCCUCCCUGCUCAAGAUCUUCUCCCACGAGGCCCAGUCCAAGGUGGCGAAGGCCAAGCACCCCUUCGCCCGCCACAGCUCGCUGUCCACGGACGAGUGCAGCUCCACGGACACCAGCCCCAACGUGCCGCGGAGGGUACGCUGCCUGACCCCUCUGUCCGCCGGCGGGGGCACGAGCGGCUCGGACCUUCAGCACUGCCAGGAGCGACUCCACAAGGAGCACACGGUGAACCUCCACAAGGGCGGCAGCGCCCGGCUGUACGCCGAGUAUGACGCCGGCAGCGCCCGGCUGCGGAUCAGGGUGAUCGCCGCAGAGGACCUCUACGAUAAGCAUUUCGACAUCAAGAGCAUCAACUGCUGCGUGGCUCUCUACCUGAACCCUGGUAAGCUGCAGAAGCAGAGGAGCACUAUCAUCAAGAACAGCCGCAACCCCGUCUUCAACGAGGACUUCUUCUUCGACGGGGUGCCCUCCGUGCAGAUCAAGAACCUCUCCCUCAAGCUGAAGGUGAUCAACAAGGGCACCAGCCUCAAGAGGGACACCUUGCUAGGGGAGCGGGAGCUGCCCUUGGCCAAGCUGCUGUCUGGGUUGUAAACUAACCUGGCUUUGUGAAGACUCCUCCGGAGAUGGGUUCACCUCUAAGGAUCUCCUUUAUCGGACGGCUCUCCCGAACCCAGCAAAAAAAAAAAAAAAAUACAAUCGAAUGUAUUAAAACGAAAGUGUCUGACUGCAUAGCCUCUCAUAUGCUGUAUGUACUUUUUGCACCUUGUCCACGUUAUUGAUGCCGUGUGUUGGUUUAAAGGCGCCAGUGUUAAUGUAAGGUUACUAUUGGAAACGAAUCGUUGUCAUGACGAAGGGCUUGUGAUGGAGGUACCUGUGAAGGAAACGCAAGAGUUACUGAAAACUGCUUUGAUACAAUUCCUGAAAAAUAUUGUAAAGAAGAAACAAUCCUGCCAGUUACUGUUUAAUCUAUUGGAAGCAAGGGAUUGUAAUUAUUUGGUUGCUGAUUUGGGAAAUUUAUACAAAAAAAAAACCAAACAGUACUGUUUGUAUGCUACGCUAAGCACUGUUAUUGACAAAAGACAAAAGCCAACACAUCUAAAUAAGUUAAAGCUAGCUCCCUGUGUUGUGUCAGUAGCAAGUGAAUGGUUUCGUUUAUACAAUAUAAUAUAAACGUUUUGUUUUCUUUGGGUGAGUUUCAAAAACAAAAGCAACCGUUUCCAGCGUCAAAGGACCCCGGGGCUGGUUUUUCUGUUCGUUAUUUAGUGCUAUUCUUGCUAUCUCUGGUAAAUGAAAAAUACGGCACCGUGCACACAGCUUGAAGUUCAGGGAGCUCGUAAUUCAUUAGUGGGUUGUGUAGACAUCAUUGGUGGCACGGCUUUAGUAAUCGCGCUCGGUCUGCUUGUUUAGUUAAGUUUUUUUAAAUUAAUUAACCCCUCCUUGAGAAUCAGGAGGACAUGUCAUCAAUUAAUCAAAAUUAAAUAUGGUUAUUACAUGUAAAUAUUAACGCGUAAAUAAGGAAUAGAAUCCUCUUUCAGUUUCAGUCAUCCAAAGCCAAUGUUUCAAGUCCCAGCUUCAACUAAAGCCUGACAGAGGUGUCAUAUUCCAUUUCCCAUUGGUCUGAAACACCACUUCAAGCAGGAGAAUACGUCAGAGCAGGUAUCAAUGCAGUCGCACUGAAGACUUGACGCACGCACGCACGCACGCACACUUUACAGAACGCACUUACCUGCAACGUUCUUGGUUUGGUUUUAAUAACUUUGCUGUACGUUCUCAGUGUAUGUAAAAAAAAAAAAAAAAAAAAACAUGAACAGGGGUGUGUUUGUUUUGUUUUGUUUUGGUUUUUUUGUAUUUGUUUGUAAUGUACAUAAUGAAUGCAUUUGUAAAUGUCUGUUUACAAGAGAUGU